AUGCUACACAGUUCAACAUUCCUAAGAAUAUUAGUUGAAUAUUUGACAAUAUGUAUCAUAGUAAAGAGAUUCUUAAUUCUGUUCUCUAAUUCCAUAUGUUUAAAACAAGAAGCAUUUAUAAACUUAUCCAAAGCCAGAUUGUAUGACAACGUAUCUCCAGUAAGUAGGCAAAAUUUAUCCGGGCGGCCAUAUGAACUUAAAUUGUCACCAACUGGGAACCCAGUUGACAGGAAGGCCCACUUUACACAGUCAUCGCAUAAGCCUAAGUCGAAUUUUCUAUCUGAAUGUAUUGAAAGAGGGAUGGUUUCGCAAACCACAGACUUCAUGAAAAUAGACGAACUUCUUGCUGAAUAUGAAAAUAAGAACCUUAAUAACGAAAUGUGUGCAUCGGUAUAUUAUGGGAUUGAUUGCACGAACGAUUUCAUACAUGAAGGGACGCUUUUUCAGCUUAUGUUUCUGAGGAGAUUUUUAUCGCAGCGAUUUAACGUAGUAUUGGUAAUAGGCGGAGGAACGACGCUGGUAGGAGACCCUUCGUAUAAAUUGAGGAAGAAUAGGCAGGAUUCAGCAUAUUUUUCAGAAGUGUUAGGCUCGGGAGAUGGCGCGCAAUUUGACACGUCCAGAGAGGAGGCAAUAAGUUCAGUGGCAACAAAGAUACUGUCACUGCCGAUGGAGGUAAACGGUGAAUUGAUAAGACCGAAGGUCCACCAAAUUGAGGAUUUGGAGUCCGAGGUAGAUGUAGUGACGGAAAUGUGUAACCCUUACAAAGUGUUUGUGUUCAACAACAGGGACCUGUACAAAAAGGUAAACCUGAUGGAGUACCUGGAGUCAGUGGCCAGGAACAUGAACGUGGGAAGAAUGCUAGCAAGAGAUUGCGUAAAGAUGAGGAUAGUCGAAAAGGACGGGGAGCAUAACAGAAGGAGCGUCAACAUGGAUUUGUCAGAACUGAUGUACAUGUCACUCCAGGCAAUGGAUUUUGUGUACCUAGCCCAAAGAAUGAAUUGUAAAAUACAGCUGGGAGGAAACGACCAAAUGGGAAACAUAGUAUCAGGAAUAGAACUAGCAGAAUCACUGGGGAUCAGUAAUGUGUUCGGGCUUACGACGCCGCUACUGGAGGAUAAGUUUGGUGAAAAGAUAAGUAAAUCAGGCUCAAACUGUUUCCUGAAAAUAACAAAGGAAACAUCGCCACACGAGUUCUGGUCACAUUUCAGAAGUAUCGACGACUCUCUAGUGGAAAGGUACAUUAAGUGGUUCACUAAAGUCCCUUUGGAAAGGAUUGAGGAGUCUAUAUCUGAUCAUUACAAUACUGCUAAGAUGUUAUUGGCUGACGAGUUGACUGGCGUGAUAUAUGGGAAACAAGUAGUGGAUUUGAUUCAUAAGUUCUGCCUGUCAAAGAGGUUUGAAGAUUUGGUACCAUUUAUGAAAAGCAAGGAGGUGGAUUUGGGAACAUUUCAGGACCUCGUUAACCUUACAAAAUUAGUGCCAAACUAUGAAUUGACAUCAGCAAAGUUGAAAGAGGGAGUGGACCUUGUACUUGUGCUGGACACUCUUAGGGUGCCGCAGUUUUCUAACUCUUCAUUUCACUCGAAUAAAAGGUUUAUAAAAGAGGGGGCAUGUAGGAUUAACGGCCAGGUCGUGGAUGAUAUAGGAUAUAAGUUGACUCAAAAGGACGUGGUUAAAUUGACCAACUGUGGUAAAGAACACAAAUAUAUACUGAUACAACUGGGAAAGAGGAAAUUGUACUUUGUAAUAGUAACAUGA